UUUUUUUUUUUUACGAAAAAAACUCCCGUUUAUACUUUCUUGCGAUAUUUUCAAAUUCCAAGGAUCAGUAACCCAUCAUCAGCCCACCAAGGGCCCUUUCCUCUUUAUCUUCCCCCUUUUCUCAUGAAUUCAUCACCAAUUUCGAUCAGCUUUGAACUUUCUCGUUCGGGUGCUUUUGAUUUUUUUUGUUUUUGGGUUGAGUGAGGAUGCGAAGCCUGAAUCCUGACAGCGGCAACAGUGAAGAGAUCGUGUGGGAGGUGAGACCUGGUGGGAUGCUCGUGCAGAAGAGAGAUGAUAAUGGUGAUAAUGGCUGCAGCUGUUGGGUUGGUGGUCAGAUGAUCACGAUCAAUAUCUCUCAUGACUCUUCUCAGAUUGAGGUUCAUGUCCCUUCGCAAUCGACUUUUGGGGAUUUGAAAAAAAUUAUUGCCAACCAAAUUGGUUUGGAUCCAAAAGAUCAAAGACUUCUGUUUAGGGGAAAAGAGAUGGAGGAUGAGGAGUGUUUACACAUGGUGGGCGUGAAGAAUAUGUCAAAAGUGUUGCUGUUGGAGAACCCUGCAAAUAAAGAGAGGAAGCUUGAAGAGAUGAGAAGAAACCAUGAGAUAUCAAAUGCCUGCAAAGCAAUUGCUGAUAUAAGAGCAGAGGUUGAUAAGCUGUCUGAAAAGGUAGCUGUUGUAGAAUCCAUGGUUUUUGGUGGUACCAAGGUUGCAGACAAGGAAUUUGUUGUCUUGACAGAAUUGCUGAUGAUGCAGUUGCUGAAAUUGGACAGCAUUGAGGCUGAAGGAGAAGCGAAAGUGCAGCGAAGGAGUGAGGUGAAUCGUGUCCAGAGCUUUGUUGACACAGUGGACAUGCUGAAGGCAAGAAAUUCCAACCCAUUUAGCAAUGAGAAAAACGUUGUGUUAGUAAAAACUGAAUGGGAGACAUUUGAGACUGGAGCGGGAAGCUUGGUUGCACCACCCCCUAUGUCAUCUUCUACAGAAGUAACUCAGCACUGGGAGCUGUUUGACUAGAUAGAUAAACAACUCCUAACGCAAUAAAUAAAUUAUGAAGUCCCCAGAAGUGGUGAUGUUUUUACAUUGGUGUGUUAUUAGUUUGAAUUUUUUGUGUUUUGUUGAUAGCUCAAAUAUUAUUUGUUUUUAACUUUUUAGGCCAAUUGAGAGAGAUUUUUCAAGAACUCAUAUUGCCAGUGACUCUAAGGUUGUAACUUAUUCUUGAAGGCUGAGGCAACAUGUAGGCUCUGGGCUUUUAUGGGAUAUUAGGGAACCUCAUUUUAAUGAUGUUAACAUUUGCAUGUGUCUUUAUUGGGUGAUACAGUGGCAGAUGAUUAAUUUUGGCCUCUCGUAGAUAUUUGAAUAUACUUUGGUUAUGAAUUUGUUUUG